AUGAUUUUUAAUAAGUUAGCUGUUGCUUCUUUCCUAUCUUUAGCUGCCACCUCUGUUAAGGCCUCCGUCACUGUUUACACCAUUGAAGGUGAAGUCUGUGUCGAAGAUGGUACUACUAUUACUUACGGUUCCACUGUCGGCAAGGACACUGCCACUCACGUUAUCACCGUUGUUUCCAACACCGACGGUUCUGAUAUCAACUACUCUAUUGCUUCCUCCGGUUUAUACCAAUGGCAACAAGAUUUAUUAGAUGAACAUAACUUAGAGAGAGCUAAGCAUGUCGACACCCCUGCUUUGACUUGGAGUUCAUCUCUAGCUUCCAUUGCUCAAGCUGAAGCCGAUGCUUACGAUUGUUCUGGUACUUUGACCCAUGCUGACAGUCCUUACGGUAACAACUUGGCCAUCGGCUACUCCCCAGUCGAUGCCGUCGACGCUUGGUACAACGAAAUAGCCGACUACAACUUUGCUGACCCAGCUUUCAGCACCUCCACUGGUCAUUUCACCCAAGUUGUUUGGGCUGACACCACCGAAGUCGGUUGUGGUAUUAAAUACUGUGGUGCAUACUACCAUGACUUCAUCACCUGUUACUACAACCCACCAGGUAACUACAUCGGUGAAUUUGCCGAAGAAGUCCACAGUUUAGUUUAA